AUGGAGCCACCGGAGUGUCCGGUGUGUCUACAGUCUUUCGACGGCGAUUGCACAGUUCCUCGCGUGCUCAAUUGCGGCCACUCGGCGUGCGAGGAGUGUCUGAGGAGCCUUCCCAAGAAGUUCCCGGACACAAUCCGAUGUCCGGCGUGCACAGUUCUCGUCAAGUUUCCACCUCAGGGACCAUCAGCUCUCCCCAAAAACAUCGAUCUCCUCAGACUGUUCCCUUCAAGCUCGCAGAAUUCGCUGGAACCUGGCCGGAAUUCGAAAAAACCCGUUGAAUUUGUCACUCGAUCAUGGCCCGACGACUUCUACGCCAUUUGGAAGGACCGUAUCCUCCUGCACGACGCCGUUUCCGUGGAGGGAGAGAGUAAAGGUAGUGAUUUUUCUUUGAGUGGACGUCUUGGGGAUGAUUCGAAGGUGAGUCUUUUACGGGUUGCGUCGUUCGAUCAUGAUGAUUGCGAUUCUGUCCUCAAGUAUAGUUAUGUACAGAGGAUGAUGAAUUGUUUGUGGGAUAUGGGAGAGGAGGAAAGAGAUGAGCUUGAUACGAUCAUCUCUGUUAGACAGAGAGGUGUUUCUAAAGUUUUUGGCUUGUGGGGUGAUUUGAAGAAUGGGAUUUUGUAUUUAGUGGGCGAGAAGCUUGGUAGCUUUUCGUUGGAGGAAUUCGAGAAUCUCACUGAAGAUGAUUCUUUACGUUUAGCUAUGAUUGGUAUGCAAAUAUGUGAGGCACUUCUCGGUCUGCACAAGGAACGGGUGAUCACAGGCUGUUUGAGCGUUUCUUGUGUGAAGUUUGACGAAUUUGAGAAUGCGUAUGUUGAUUUGAUUGAGUGGAUGGAAACUGGAAGGAAUGUGCAUCGACUUAUCGUUGAAGAAACAGUUGGUGCUCGAGAAAUGGGAUUGAUUUUGGUUCGAUUGCUACAGAAGGGGAUUUUUGUGAGCUUAGAGGUGUUGUUUGGAUUGUUGAAAGAAGAUAAUAUGUUGAUAAAAGAUGCCAGCUCAAAGUAUUUGGUUUCGUAUAGCUCUGAUGUGUGGCCAGUUUGUUUGCUUCUUCUCAAGCUUCAUCUUAGAAAACGGUUUCCUGAGGAGUUGAUUGAAAGUUUAAAUUGUGUGGAUGCAAAAGGAUGUGAAGAGGGGAUUGAGGAUUUCUUGGUGUUGUACACAUGUAUUGCAGAUAAAUUAAGUUCUAUGAUAGAAUCCGAACCUGGAGGGAAGUUUAAACCGAUGAUUGAAAUUCUUUGCCAGUGUUGCAGUCUUGAUCCUCAGGCACGUCCAGGUUUGACUGAUCUAUGGAAAUGCAUCAGGGAGGUGGUUGUGUCUCCUAGGCUCAGUUCUGUGAUUGGAUUGAAGAAGGCUAUCUCUGGAAAAGGGAAAGACUAUAGGUUGGUUCUAGGUGAGUUAUGCCGUCUGGUAGAAGUGGGAUCCAAAGAAGUGGAAGAAGAGUUGCCUGGAACGGAGAAUGGCAGUGACGCAGGGGAGAGUAAAGUUGACACAGAUUUUGUUGGGAGACUCUCAAAAGGAAAGAUGAAAUCUAAAGACAUGCGGGGACACCAAGACUCUGUCACGGGUUUAGCGCUUGGAGGUGGGUUUCUGUUCAGCUGCUCACUUGAUAAAACUAUCCUUGUAUGGUCUCUGAAGGACUUCUCCCAUGUGCAUACAUUCAAAGGCCAUGAGGAUAAAGUAAUGGCUUUGAUACACAUUGAUGGAGCAGAGCCAGUUUGUGUCAGUGGCGACGGUGGAGGAGGUAUCUUCGUAUGGAGCACUACUUUCCCUCUGGCAGAACAGCCGCUAAGGAAGUGGUAUGAGCCAAAAGACUGGAAAUAUACUGGCAUUCAUGCAUUGGCAUACUCAGAAUAUGGGCAUGUGUAUAGUGGUAGUGGAGAUAACACUAUCAAAGCUUGGUCAUUACAAGAUGGAAGCUUGGUUUGCACUAUGACUGGUCAUAAAUCUGUAGUUUCAACGCUUGUUGUGCAAAAUGGAGUACUAUACAGCGGAAGUUGGGAUGGAACCGUUAGAUUGUGGAGUCUAAGUGACCAUAGUUUUUUGACGGUGCUGGGGGAAGAGACUCAAGGUAUUGGAAGAUCUAUUCUCUCUCUAGCUGCAGACGAACAAACUUUAGUGGCAGCUUAUCAAAACGGAGAUAUACAGAUAUGGAGGGAUGAUACAUUGAUGAAGUCCAUGCAAGUACAGAGUGGUGCAAUUCUCAGCGUUGCCGUGAAUGGUAAAUGGCUUUUCACUGGAGGUUGGGACAAAACCGUCAAUGUGCAGGAAUUGUCAGGAGAUGAGAUGUCACUUGACUGUACUCAUGUUGGAUCAAUCCCGAGUUCAUCAGUAAUCACAUCAUUGUUAUAUUGGGAAGGCAAGCUCUUUGCAGCGUUUGCAGAUAAAACUAUCAAGGUAUACUACAAUGGACGCUAA